AUGGUGCUCGUAACGGUAGAGAACCGCAAUGUCCGCAAGGCGUUUGAUCUCACAGGAAAGGUCGCUGCAGUGACAGGUGGUGCACGAGGGAUUGGGCUGGAAGUUGUUCGCGGUUUAGCCGAAGCUGGGGCGAACGUUGCCCUGCUCUACUCCACUACCAAAGAUGCCGUGGCGAAGGCGGCACAGGUAGCCGCAGAGAACGGCAUUGCCUGCAAAGCUUACGCCGCAGACGUGACCGACGCGGUGGCCAUCGAGAAGACUCUGAAGCGGGUUGUCGAUGAUUUUGGAAGGCUGGAUAUCCUCGUGGCCAACGCCGGGAUUGCUGCACAUUACCCGGCCGAAGACUGCACGCCGGAAGAGUUCAGCCACAUGAUCAACGUGAAUCUGAAUGGAGCAUACUAUACAGCACAGGCAGCUGCUAGGAUCUUCAGAGCCCAGGGCUCGGGAAACAUUGUGUUCACCGGAUCAGUCAGUGCACUGCUCGUGAAUGUGCCCCAGAAACAGGCUGCGUACAACGCUUCAAAAGCGGGCUUGGUCCAUCUGGCCAAAUCGUUAGCGGUCGAGUGGAUCGAUUUCUGCCGGGUCAAUUGCAUUUCUCCAGGCUUCAUCGAGACAGAAAUGUUAGGCAUGCAUUCGGCCGAGACACGGGCGAUUUGGAGGCAGAUGGUGCCAGCCAGGCGCAACUGCGAGCCAUACGAGUUGAAAGGGGCAUAUGUCUUUUGUGCAUCAGAUGCAUCCAGUUACAUGACUGGAGCAAACCUGGUCAUCGAUGGUGGAUACACAUUGCCAUAA